CGCUCAGUGGUUGCUCAGAUUUCAGACGACUCGUCUGCUGCUGUUGGGAGAUGAAAAUGGGUUCGUUCCUCUACUCUGCCGCUUGCCUUCUGCUGUUCUGCUCUCUGUCCUCAGCGCAAAUCAGAGGAGACUUCUACGAAUCAUGUAAAAUUACCGACGCUUUCGGCACUUACUGCCCCACCACCUGCGGCGUGGCAGACUACCUGCAAAAAUACAAACCAGAGAUGGAUGAAGAACUGACCAAGCUGGAGGACAUCCUGGACGAAAUUACAAACCUGACCAAGGGAGCCAGUGAUAAAAUCGUCUACCUGAAAGACUCAGCCACCAAGGCUCAGAAAGCCUCUACAGCCGGCCACACGAGACAGUCGUCCAACAUGUUGGAUGACAUAUUACGAUUCGAAAAAACCAUCAUCGCUCAGGAGGGGCAAAUCUAUGCGCUGCAGGAGGCUCUGUCAGCCAAUGAGAAGAGAAUGCUGGACCUGAAGCAGCUGUCUCUGCAGCUGGAACAGAAGUGUAAGGAGCCAUGUAAAGACACUGUGGGGAUCCAGCCCGUCACAGGAAAAGACUGUCAGGAUGUGGCGAACCGCGGCGGGAAGGUCAGCGGCCUGUACUACGUGAAACCCGAGAAAGCUGAGGAGUCCUUCCUGGUCUACUGUGAGAUCGACAGCACCGGGCGUGGCUGGACUGUGCUUCAGAGGAGACGUGAUGGCAGCGUGGACUUUAACAGGAACUGGAUCCCGUAUAAGAACGGUUUUGGCUACCUGUCCCCGACCGACACCACCGAGUUUUGGCUGGGUAACGAGAAGAUGCACCUGCUGACGACUCAGUCCUCCCUCCCCUAUGUGCUCCGCUUGGAGAUGAAGGACUGGGAGGGAAACACAAAGUAUGCCGACUACGCAAUGUUUAAAGUGGGUCCUGAGGCGGACAUGUACCGUAUGACUUACGGGUAUUACUUUGGCGGAGACGCUGGAGACGCGUUCGAUGGCUUUGACUUCGGCGACGACCCCAGCGACAAGUUCUAUACAUCACACGCUGGUAUGCAGUUCAGCACGCCCGACAAAGACAACGACAAGUUCCAGGGUAACUGUGCCCUCCAAGACGGCUCCGGUUGGUGGAUGAACAGAUGUCAUGCUGCCCACCUCAAUGGAAAAUACUACCCAGGUGGGAAAUACACACAGAAGGAUGCGGGUGAAUACGGAUACGACAACGGGAUAAUCUGGGCCACGUGGCACAGCCGCUGGUAUUCCCUGAAGGAGACCACCAUGAAAAUUAUUCCCAUCAACAGAAUCGGCGGAAAAGGACAAGAAGGCCAGUUUGCAGGGGCCAAACAGUUUGGAGGCAUGGGAGACAUUCCACAUUAAAACAAAAAGCCAGCCUACAGACACAGGACCUCAACAGCACAACACGGAUUCUCACAGCGGUGUUUCCAAAAAUUCAAGAAGAAAAAAAUUGAUUCCGUAAUUUCGUUUAUAGUUUUUAGUCUUUUUGUUUUUGACGUUUAAUUUUCCUUUAGACUCAUGAUUAUAUUUGACACAAUAUUUUUGUAUAAAGUUGAGUAAACUGGCAAGUGUAUCGAUCAGACAAUAAAAGGUUCCUUUUCUAAAA